GAAAACCUGAAUAUAUCUACAAAAUAAAACCCUCACAAAGCUGUUGACAGAGAAAUAGAAAAGUCAUCACUGAAUCAUCAUGUCUUGGUGCACAAUUGAGUCAGAUCCUGGUGUUUUUACUGAACUUAUACAACACAUGCGUGUUAAAGGUGUUCAGGUUGAGGAGCUGUAUUCCUUGGAUCUUGAUUCUCUAGACAACCUUAGGCCUAUAUAUGGAUUGAUUUUCCUUUUCAAAUGGCAUCCAGGGGAAAAAGAUGAGCGCCCUGCGAUUAAGGAUUCAAAUCCCAAUCUUUUUUUUGCCAGUCAGGUCAUUAACAAUGCUUGUGCAACCCAAGCAAUUUUAUCUAUCCUGAUGAACUGUCCGGAUAUUGAGAUUGGCGAUGAAUUGUCGAAAUUGAAAGAAUUUGCUAAGAAUUUUCCACCUGAGCUCAAAGGUUUGGCUAUUAACAAUAGUGACGUUAUACGUACAGCUCAUAAUAGUUUUGCGAGACCUGAGCCUUUUGUUCCCGAUGAGCAGAAGGCUGCUGGAAAAGAUGAUGAUGUGUAUCAUUUUAUUAGUUAUUUGCCGGUUGAUGGAGUGCUUUAUGAGCUUGAUGGCUUGAAAGAGGGUCCCAUUAGCCUGGGGCAAAUUACUGGUGGGCCCAAUGAUCUGGACUGGUUGCGGAUGGUGCAACCAGUGAUCCAAGAACGCAUAGAGAAGUAUUCCAAAAAUGAAAUAAGAUUCAAUCUCAUGGCAGUGAUCAAGAACAGGAGAGAAAUAUACACUGCUGAGCUCAAGGAGCUCCAGAGGAAGAGGGAACGUAUCCUGCAGCAGCUGGCUGCAUCCCAGUCUGAUCGACUAGCGGACAAUAGCAAUCCAGAGCAAUUGAGCAAAUCUCUAUCGGAGGUAAAUUCUGGGAUCGAGGCUGCAACUGAAAAGAUAUUGGUGGAGGAGGAAAAGUUCAAGAAGUGGAAAACAGAAAAUAUUCGAAGGAAGCAUAACUACAUACCCUUUCUGUUCAACUUCCUGAAGAUUCUGGCUGAAAAGAAGCAGCUGAAGCCCCUUAUCGAGAAGGCCAAGCAAAAGGCGGGAAUGUCUGAAGGAUAGGUGUUUUAUGUUUAUGGUCUAACUGUGGUAAUAUUUCUGUCAAACUGAUUUACUGUUAGGAUAAUUCUCUGGAAGCAUAUGCAUGUCUGAAGUCGGAGCUUCAAAAUGGCAUUUAUGGGCCUUGGGGUCUGUGUUUUUAAAUAUGUUUAUGUUUUGGCUGUGGUUUCCGAGGGUCGAUGUAACUCAUUAACUCAUGAAAUGCAGCUGUUCAUUAUCAA